UAUAGACGUCGUCGUGAGUGAGCGAGUGAGCCACUGACGACAACUACGACGACGAAGGUUUUCUAUUGCGCGAAUAUAUAUAAGCCAAAACACGCGUGCGCCGCCGAACCUGCAAAAUGCAUACGAACUUGAUACGAAUAUGUGUAGGUGGGCCUACGUACCUAUGUGUACAACAGCGAAACGUCGCGGUGGAUAUCGAAAGCUUCGUAGCCGUCGCUCACUCACCUACUGCUGCUGCUGCUGUUCACCGUUGCCCGGGAUAUGCGAUCGAAUUGACCGCGAGGCUUAUUUGUAAACAAUCAUAAAAAAGAAAAGAGACCCCCGCUCUCUCGAGUGGUGUGCAUUCACGGCGCUGCUCUGGUCAGUCCGUGUGUUUGUGUGUCUCUUUAAAUUACCCCUGCGCGCGUGGAAGUACCUAAUAUCACUCGAGAGCCUCGUACGUACACCGCGCGCGCGAGAAAAGCGCCGAGGGAGCGCUCAAAGUUUAUAAAUACUUACCUACUAUCCAGCAACGAGCGGCACCGUUAUAAAGUGUGUCCGCCUGUCCAAACAUCGUAUAAUAAAAAACACGACGAGCGCGUGCAUCGUGUGCAGAGCAGCGAUCUUAUAUAUGCCUUUUGUAUACAUGUAUGUAGCACGUGCAGACGCAGAGCCACGUUCGCAUGCGAGGGUGGUAAAAAUACAUAUAAAGACGCCACUUUUAUUGUCCUCCGAGCGCCGCGGUGAGUCAUUUUCUCUUUCUCGCUUUUUUGUGAGGCCUGCUUGAAUGUGUAUGCUCGUAAUACGUGUACACGAACGAUCUCUAUGCGGCAGAAAAUCGAUCGAUAAAAGAAAUUAUUUUGGCGCACACACACGAUACGUUCACGUAUUUCGAAGGCAAACAAACGAAAGAGUUGCGUUACAAUAAUAUAAGCUCGUAGAUCACAAUGAUGAAAGUACCCUGGUUGAACAAGAGCUCCUUCUCGCCGAAGAAAACGCCGACGAGGAAGGCCUCGGUGUCGCUGUCGAGUAAGGAUCUCAGCCCCAAGAGAAUCGAAAAGGAGCUCGGACCGAACGUCGGCGAGAUCAGAAUCUGUCUGGGCGAUCAGCAGGCCGUCUUCGAUGGGGGCUUGUGGGUGCCUGAGACUGGAAAAGCGAGUGGCGCUUUCAAAGAGAACGAAAAGUUGAAGAAAGAAGUGAAGAAACUGGAGGAAGAGAACAAUUUGCUUAAAAUAAAAUUCGAACUUUUAUUAGACAUGUUAACACAGACAACUGCCGAAGCCACUCAAGACAGAGAGGAACUCGAGAGCUUGAGAAAUAAGCUUCAUCACAAUAAAAAACGCGUGGCAGUCUGAUCUCAACAAUUGCCU